CUUAAAUUUGAAACAAAUAAACAACUAUUAUUAAAUAUUUCGUUCAUUAUCAUUACCAAAUGUUAUUCUUGAAUUAAUUAUAAGAUAAGGAAUACGAUUAUUACCAUGUAUGACGAUAAGGUAGUAAUUGUACGCACAGAUUAUAUACAUACACAUGUAGAUGUACAUUUUUAUCGAAAUAAUUCGCUGCAUUACAUCGGUGAAGAGGCUCGGCAACCAAAAACUCUUAUCUUCCUUCCCACAUAACGAUAACGUUAAUUCUGCUCGUUUUAAUUAAUAAUUAGACAAAAUGUCAUAUUUAAAUAAAUUAAAUAGGAUUUGCUCAACUCUAAAUCUUCCAUAUAGUGUAAGGUUUAACCAUGCGAAGCAGCUCAAAUCAGAUAUACAAUGGAGGCAAAUUGAUAAAGUAUUGAUAGCCAAUAGAGGUGAAAUAGCAUGUAGGGUUAUGAGAACAGCUAAGAAAUUAGGCAUAAGAACAGUAGCAGUGUACUCAGACGCUGAUAAACAUGCAAUGCAUGUUGAAAUGGCUGAUGAAGCAUAUAAUAUUGGACCGGCACCAUCCUCUCAGAGUUAUUUAAAUGCAGCAAAGAUUAUAGAAGUAGCCAAAAAGUCUAAUAGUCAAGCCAUUCAUCCAGGGUAUGGAUUUCUCUCAGAAAAUGUUGAGUUUUGUGAAAAGUGUGCAAAUGAAAAUGUCAUCUUUAUUGGUCCUCCAACUUCAGCAAUAAGAGACAUGGGUAUUAAAAGCACAUCAAAAGCUAUCAUGUCUAGUGCAGGUGUGCCCAUAGUAAAAGGAUACCAUGGAGAGGACCAAAGCAUUGAAAAAUUACAGGACGAAGCAAAAAAAAUUGGCUUUCCAUUAAUGAUUAAAGCCGUUCGAGGUGGUGGAGGCAAGGGUAUGAGAAUCGCUAUGACUGAAUCUGAUUUCUUAUCGCAACUGGAGUCUGCGAAGAGAGAAUCUCUUAAAUCCUUUGGUGAUGAUAAUAUGCUUUUAGAACAAUAUAUCACUGAUCCCAGACAUGUAGAAGUACAGGUGUUUGCCGAUAUGCACGGCAAUGCAGUUCAUUUAUUUGAGAGAGAUUGUUCUGUACAGAGACGGCAUCAGAAAAUUAUUGAAGAAGCACCAGCGCCCGAUAUUUCCGAAGAAACUCGUAAAGCCCUUGGCGAGGCAGCCGUGCGUGCUGCUAAAGCAGUCGGCUACGUCGGCGCCGGCACCGUUGAAUUCAUUCUACACCGAGUGACGCAUGACUUUCAUUUCAUGGAGAUGAAUACGCGAUUGCAAGUGGAACACCCCAUUACGGAAAUGAUAACAGGUACAGACUUAGUAGAAUGGCAAUUGCGGAUAGCAGCUGGUGAACCACUCCCAGUGACUCAAGAGGACAUAGUCCGUCGCGGUCACGCUGUGGAGUGCAGGAUAUACGCGGAAGAACCACGGGCAGGAUUCCUGCCACGAGCUGGAACUCUACACAGGCUUACCCAACCUACAACAGAAGAAAACGUGCGAGUCGAAACUGGAGUCAGAGAGGGCCAAGAAGUGUCUGUUCACUAUGACCCCAUGAUUGCUAAACUGGUCGUAUGGGGCAGGGAUCGUAAUGAAGCGCUUCUUAAAACUAGACGAAAACUUUCCGAAUACCAAGUAGCGGGCUUGGAGACGAACGUGAACUUCCUGCUGCGCCUGAGCGGGGCGGGCGCGUUCGUAGCGGGCGACGUGCACACGGCGUUCAUCCCGCAGCACGAAGCGGAGCUGUUCCCGCCGACCGACUCGCAACUCGGCGACGAACGAGCCAUACAAGCUGCACUGGGACAUUUAAUAAAAUCUCAGACCGAUGUUUCUUCAAAUGACUCAUGGAAAGGAAUCUCAGUAACUCCAAAUGCAUGGAGACCGAAUUAUAACCUACAAAAGACGGUGCAUUUGAAGUUUGAUGAGACUGACAUAAAUGUAACGGUUAAGUUUGAAAGCACUCCGAAUACAUAUCUAGUGAAAGUAAACGACGGACAAUUCAUACCGGUUGAGGCGCACGUACAGACAACAGAACAAGGUCUCAGAUUGAUCACCAAAAUUGGUGACAAAACGAGCAACGUCGGUUUGUUGACCCACGAGAACGAAGUACAUGUUUAUGAUGAGAAUGGUCAAACAGUAGUGAAUCUACCACGUCCGAAGUAUCAAGCACUAGCAGCAGACGCGACCGCUUCGGCGGACAGCGCUUGCUCUCCGACUCCCGGUGUCCUUGAGAGGGUAUUGGUUAAUAAAGGCGACAAGGUGGUAAAGGGGCAGCCAUUGUUCGUGGUGAUCGCUAUGAAGAUGGAGUACGUGGUGCGGUCACCGAGAGAUGGCGUCGUAGCUGACAUUGCCAGCUUGAAGCAAGGAGACGCCGUAGGGAAGGGCGCACAAGUGGUUCUACUACAAGGAGAAAAUUAAAGUUUUUGUUUAUAAAAACAAUUAUCGUACAAAAUUCAAGUAACAGAAAUUCAAUUGUAUAUGUGGUCGUUUCUUACAAGUAAUAUUUUACAAACUAUUUAAAGUGUAAGCGUUUAUCGGUAUUUGGAAAGGAAAUAGAAGACAAUUUAAUAUUGUAAAUGCUAUUUUUAAAAUGUUUUAUACAGUAGUACCUCUAUAAGUCGAACAUCAAGGGAGACGCCAAAAAAUUCGAGUUACAGAGUUUUCGACUUAUAGAGAAUUUCGCCUUAGGCAGAUUUUGAUUCGACAUAAAGAGGUUGAGAUUCAUUCUUAUCAGUUUUGACUUAGAGAGGUAAUAUGGCAUUAAUAAAAGUCGGUAAUUUUUUUUUUUACUUUAUGUAAUUCAUUUAUUCAAACUAAUUCUGACAAUAUUCACUGCAAAUGACUUGUGCUUCGCUAAAAUUCAAAUGAAAUCAAAACUAAUAAAAUGCAACAGCUGACACCAAGCAAGCAAACACGUGUUAACGUUAGUCAUAAAUUCAUGGUUAUUCUAUUCAUUGUAUACUCCUCCAAAUUGGUUUCUAAAAACAAUUAUGUGCUUACACUGUCGGCGAAUUCUUAAAGUCGGUAACUUAUGUUUUUUUUUCGAACUAAAGAGGUAAUAAAUCAAAUAAUGGAGUUGUAAAGGUUGUAAAAUAAAACAUUGCUAUAUUCGAGAUAUAGAGGUAAAAUUUAAUUUUCGAGUUAUAGAGGGAAAAAAUAGUUUGGAGGGACUUACUGAUUAUUUCGACUAAUAGAGGGUUGAGAUUUCGAGUAAUGGAGGUUUUCAACUUAUCGAGGUUUGACUUAACGAGGUUCUCCUGUAUAUAUUUUCAUAACAUUUAAAAUAAAUCUUUAAAUAAUAUUUG